ACUGAGGAGAGGUUAGCGACAGUCAAAUAAAAUAAAAGAUCAUUCAGAGAAUUAUCUUUUGGUGUAUUAAAACCAUUAGAAACGUUGCGUUAUACUACAUAUACGUUUUUUGUAAGCACCCUGAGCUGUUAACAGUGUUAAAACGUUAAAAUUAUUAAAAUUUAAGAAACCCUGUGUAUGAGCAUUAACCGAGCAUUUUAUUGGCUUUUUGGGAUGAGACCGAGCAUUUUAGUGGGAAAAAUGGAGCAUUAAGGUGGAGCAUUUUAGUGGGAAAAUAAAAGCAUAAUGUACAAAAGCCUUAUUGCUUCUACAACCAAAGGUACCAACUAAGCCUCCCCCACCCCUACCCCCUUGAAAAAUCCUGGAUCCGCCGCUGCGUCAGCCAGUUUUCUUUACUAUUAUUCCGGCAUAAUGCUCGAUUCUUUUGCCUCACUAUUAUGCUCAAAAUAAUGCCGGCAUAAUGUGUAAAACUCUAGUGUGGACGGUGGGCCUAACCGUAGAAAUAACGCGGCGUUUUCAGAUUCCUCCGGCGUAGUGUAGACGGAGCUUCAUGGAAGUCUUCGAAUCAACUGGUAACGGCUUGCACGUGAUACGCUGACAGCUGCACGUGCGAUACAAUCGAAUUACGUCAUACAUUUAUGAAUGGCUGGCACGUCGACAUGUUCGUUGCCCUCUUGGAGUGCCACGCCUCAGAUCAAAGGAUAAAUCAGGUUAAUCACGUGCCUUGUCGACUAUGAUACUGAUCAAAAUCCAUGUUGUGAACGAAAGGACUCAAGUGUUGCACCCCUGAGAGUUUCUGUCACCAUCAAGCUCCAGCGACAUUUUAUUACAUUCUUAUAAUUUUCUAUUAUGUCCAUUACUGACUGCAAUUUUAGUGUUUUUUUUUUUGUUGAAAUGUUUAUUUUCGAGAUUCAGACACAUGUAAUAAGAUCACCUUUUGAUGCAACAUUAAGUGGCUCUUAGCCUUGUUUUAUCGGGCGCACGGAGUAUUUCGUUAUUUAUAACAAUACUGUCUGAACAAAGAUCAAAAAAAUCGAAACGGCAUGUUUAUAUGAAAUAUUAACCAAAUGGAGUAGUUUUUUUUCUCGUGUCAAAUAAAGUGAUUUGUAAUGUUUAAUUAAUUGUUUUUCUCUUUACUCCGAAAUUGAAUAAUUAUCCGUAAUCGUCGAAUUGAGAAGCUACAAUUUUUUUCCAAUAUCUUUCAAAUGCGGAAAAGAACAGAAACGACUAUAACAAACGCUCUUUGCCCUUCGACCAAAGCUCUCAAUUCACCCAAUUUGUAGAAAAGACGAUAAAUUUCUACAGAAACUCAAAACAAAACAUGAAAAAUUAAAAGAACCUCGUCGUUGCUCGCUGCCAUAUAAUCUACAAUACAAACCAAAACGCAGAAAAAAAAAAUAAAACAAGACCUAAAGCAAAUUAAAUUCAUAACAGCGGACCACGAGUUACUAAAAAAAUUUGCGUGGCAACACGGUCACGGACAUACCUCGUGGAUUUGCGCAAUUUUUGAGCCCAAGCAGGUUUUAGAAAUUGGACUUGACACCCAAAUUAUUUUUCCGGGUGUUAACAAAGCAUUUCGUAAUUUUUGCUGGUAGCAAUUGAUUUGACACUUUAGGUAGGCCAAUCGCAAUACAGAAAUUACUGGUGGCAUGCAUAAAUGGAGUCGUUUUGCAUCAAUCAACGAAGUUUUCCUGCGGGGAGAUUGGAGCAGAUAAAAACCCUCCAGGUAAACCAGCGUUUCUUGGACAGACGUAAUUCAAGAUAAAUCAGGAGCCCAUCACACGACUCCUGGAUAAAUUGCAUUCAGUAUGAAUCCAGAUUACAUAAAUGCGACGUCGGCCGCGACAACCCCAGCAGCUCUCGUAGUUUGCGGAGAUUUUCCGACGGUUUCGCACGCACCUUUGGAUCUCGAGGAAACGUCGAAAGAUAUCCAAACGGAAUUUACAGCCUUCAUUCCACCUCUUCGAAAGCGGUUCAAGGGAGUCAAACUUGUGAUGGCUAUCACGAUUUCUGCUCUCGUCAACCAGCUGGAGUGCUUGUUAACCUGUCUUCUCUUUUGCAUUGUAAUCCCGUUUUUGUUGUUGGUUUUAGCCAUUUUAAAGUUAGGAAAAUAUCUGGUCGAACGUUACAUCGCGUUCACACGAAAAUGUAUUCCUUUUCGCGAAGAUGACGCCGUGUGGCAGCAAGAUCGGGCGACAAACCGCCAUAUCAUCCAUGCGCUGAUGGUUGUAGACGGUCCACCUGACAUAAACAAGCUUCGCAAGAUUAUAUGCGAACGACUUGUAUACGGAAAAGAUGAAAAGGGCGAACGAAUUUGUCCAAGACUGACGCAAGUUAUACAAAGGCAUUUAGGCUAUUACGUUUGGAAGGAGGACGAGGACUUUAGCGUUGAAAAGCAGGUUUUGAACUGGACAGGAGAUCAUCCAAAGCGCUUAGAAGAUCUGGAUGAGGCAAUUUCCGAAAUUUGUUCCACCCCGUUACCGGAAGCUGUUUCACCCUGGCAAUUUCUUGUGGUGCCGAUACUCGAAGAAAAUUGUUUCGGUCUGUUACUCCGCGUUCAUCACAGCGUUGCAGAUGGAGUCGCUUUAACGAGGGUUUUUGUGAAAAAUCUUUACGAUGUACCGCCACAAGGAGCAGAACCUAAGAAAUUCUCGACCAAGCAGCGAGUGUUCAUGUGGUGUAAAGCAAUACUGGUGGGCCCCUUAAUGGUACUCACAAAGUUCUUUUCGAAAUCAGACCGCUCCAGCAUUCAUGGGCAAGAACUCUGCGGCAAGAAAGUUGUAGCUUGGUCCAAGAAUGUUGACCUGUCGUUGGUUAAAAAAGUGAAAAACGUGGCUGGCACAACGGUUAAUGAUGUCAUGGUUUCGUGUUUGGCCGGAGCUCUGCAUGAUUACCUCAAAGGCCGAGACAACUGUGAUGGUGCGAAAUUGGACGACAUGUGGGCUUCUGUGCCCGUGGACAUUCGGGCUUCAACAAAUUCUGUCAAGCUCAAGAACAAGUUUGCUCUGGUCUUCCUUCGUCUACCGAUUGUAGCCAAAAACGCCGUGGACCGACUUCUAGCAACCAAGCAAAGAAUGGACAUUAUCAAGACAUCUGCUGAACCACUGGUGACAGCAACAACAGUGCAGAUACUAAUGAUGUUACCGGAAUUUAUUUCACGGCCUCUCAUAGAUUUCUUUUGCAGGAAGAUGUCUUGUGUCCUCAGCAACGUGCCUGGACCACAACAAACGCUGUACCUUGGUGGCCAGAAAAUUGCUCAGGGAAUUUUCUGGGUCCCUCAAAGAGCAAAUAUUGGCUUGGGGCUUUCCAUAUUUAGCUAUGGUGGGGGAAUUCGUGUGGGUGUGUACUGCGAUGAAUGGGUUAUUCCAAAACCAAAGGAAGUCGUGGAGGGAUUUGAAAAGAAUUUCUGGCAAUUAGUAAAUGAACUUAAUAUCAACGAAAAUCAAGGAGAAGACUGAACUGCGUUAUUGAAUGAUAGAAUCAGGGACGCCUUCGUUUCUGGGGUCUAGUUAUGUGUAGAGAACCAGGGGGGUUAAUCAUUAAACAACAUUACACAAGGGAGGGGGGACACCAACGCCAUGUUGAAGCUUGCCAAAAAGGGGGGGGCAAAGGGGUAGGAAAGAAGACUGGUGUCAGUUCAACAUAAAAUAUAUAUUUUGCUACGUUUUUCGCAGUUUUUUAAGUAUUAAAAAUUCGUGUCGCGUUGUGUUUUCCACAUUCAGGAAGGCAAAACAACGUUAUCUACUUUGAUAGUGUAAUUCAUUAUAAUUUCGUAAUCACUCUACUGAUGGAUCAAGAAUGAACACAAACUGCAAGAAGGCUACGUUACUUUUAAUGAACAAUUAAAUGCUAUCCGAGAGCCAUUAUUCUUUAGGAGCACGUACAAGUGGCGUUGGAGAAAGCCUUGAAUCAUUUUACUUAGUGAUCCAGUUCCUCUUUCUCCUUACAGUGCCAAUAAAAUGUCACGCGGACAAUAUUCUCUCUUGCUUUAAAACCAAAUUUGAAAGCCCAAGUAACAUUGACAAAAUUGUCAAUAAAUAAUUGUAACUACCGUAUCGCUUUUUACUUUGGAAUUAUUUUUCAAGAAAUAUAAAGCGUUUUUAAAAAUUUCUUCUGCCAGAAUUUUAUAAGCAAUCAUUUUAUGAGAAAAAAAUAACAAGUUUUAAUAUAUGUCAUCUUGAAUACUAUAGGCAAAAAAUAGGUUACAAUUGGUUUUUAACUCUAAACAUUUGUAUUCUUUUCUUUCGCCACAGUUUGAUUAGUUUAUGGUGGCGCAAAGAGGAAAUUCCUUUCAAUUUACACUAAAUCCUAUGUCCUGACAGAUGCAAAGAUCUAGGCAAGAGUCAUAUUUGACAGAAAAAUUGAUUAUAUUACAGUUACUGUUAAAUAUACAUUUGUUUUUCUAUUAAUGAAUUUUUCAACAAAUCAUCUUCCCAUUUCCGUCUGUCAAUAAACCAUACCUAUACAUAAUUGAAAGAACAGUCCUAAGUUAAUUAACAUUGCUUAUUUUGUGAUUGUUUUGCAAUAAAAUCUUUUGGUGUAAAUGAUGUGUU